AUGGUCAGCACCGUCUUGGGCCUGUCUCUCAAGCAGGUCUCACUCGCCGUGCUCACUCUUCAGAACACAGCUCUUGGCGUCGUGAUGCAUCACAGUCGUGUAUCUGCUCCUGUCGGCAAAGCCUACUUCUUUCCCACGGCUGUGCUCCUCACAGAGCUGCUAAAGUGCAUCAUAUCGUUUGCCAUUGCCGCCCUCUCUAUACCCACCUCGAGCGACUCGCUUCCAAUGCCAUCAGGCUCACACAAGGCACCGACUUCCAAGCGCAAAUACUCGGCUUCUGAGCACGACGUACUACAGCCGCUACGAUCCGACGCCUCUUGCUCGCGUCUGGCUCACUCGAAGCUCAAUCUGGUGCUAGAUCAGGUUACGGCCCAAGACUAUUGGAAACUUUCCAUUCCUGCCUUCCUCUACGUCCUCCAGAACAACCUGCAGUACAUUGCCGUCUCCAACCUCGAACCGCCCGUCUUCAUCUGCGCGUAUCAGAUGAAGAUCCUCACUACUGCCUUCUUCAGCAUUGUUCUUCUUCGCAAAAAGAUCGGCAUGUGGCAAUGGCUUUCGCUCGGAAUGCUAGCCAUAGGUGUCGCCAUCGUACAGAUACAGAGCAAGUCAGUUUCCGGUCUGGUGCCCUUCGAGGUUCACACUCACGGUUAUGGCCACGUAUCUGCCGGUCCCGCCGCUGAUCUACCCCCUCCGCCACCACCACCUCCCUUCGAUUCGCAUCGUGCCCCACCCCCCGAACGUCUACCAAGCAUCGGCUCCUUCCUCUCCGGCUCCGACACCAAGGACUACGACCGUCUGCCUCCAUCCUCACCUUCUUUUCCCGGCUCGCGCAUAUCCAUGAGUAUGGAGGAGAGCGCAAGAGCUGACAAGCCAAUGCAGCCCAUUCAAGGCUUUCUCGCCGUCAUUGCUGCAUGCUUCACCUCGGGUCUCGCUGGCGUCUAUUUCGAAAUGGUGCUCAAGACCUCUGAUGCCAAUCUUUGGGCCAGAAAUGUGCAGCUUUCCGCCUGGUCCCUUCUUCCCGCUGCGCUCCCUGUCUUCCUAGAGAUGGUCCGUCAUGGCAUCGACUCGCCCUUCUUGCAUUUCGGCGCGAGCGCAUGGGCCACCGUGGUGCUUCAAGUCACCGGUGGUCUGGCCGUCGCCAUGGUCAUCAAGCACGCUGACAAUAUCUUGAAGGGCUUCGCGGUCAGCUUCAGCAUCGUGCUCAGCUUUGGCUUCAGCGUCGCCUUCUUCAAUUUCCCAUUUACCGCUCCCUUCGCUGCAGGUGUGACACUAGUCAUCUUGAGCACACUCUCCUAUUCUCGUGCGCCCAUGAAAAGGCUUACAAAAGCUCCAUCUACUUGGGCCACCGUGACAGACGCUGCGUCGUCCUCAGCAACUUCUUCCUUCCGCGACAAGACUAGGUUGCUCCGAGACUGA